UUUGCCUAUUAGUGUAGCAUCCGCAGAACGCAGCUUUUCUACGCUUAGAAGGUUUGGUGCAUGUGUUUAUUAUUAGAAUAACAAAAUAGCAAGCUUUUAUAAAAUAUUUUAUCUUUGCUUACUUUUGUUGCUUUUUUUGUUAGAUUGAAAACAUGGUUAAGAUCCAAAAUGGGGCAAGAACGCUUGACUGGUUUGGCUUUGCUAAACAUACAUCAUACUAUAACUAUAUCAAUAGAUGAUGUUAUAAAUAGAUUUGCUAAUAAAAAAAAUAGAAAUAUAGAUUUUGUUUUAUAAAUAUAUUGCUUUUUUUAUCAUAUUUGUUUAACUUAUUACUUUAUAGGUUAUACAGGUGCAAUAUAAAAUUCAUUAUGUCUUGGUAAGUUUGUGUGAGUAGUUGGAUAAACUCUUAUUAAAUUCGCCCCCCCCGACAUGAACUCUCAAAUACGCCACUGUAAUAAAGUACCUAUUAUAUUUAAUAGUUUUAUAUAUUAUGUCAUGUCUGGUCUUAUCUUAAUAGCAUCAAUGACAUUGUGAACCACAAUAGAUCUAAUAGCAUCAAUGACAUUGUGAACCACAAUAGAUCUAAUUGCAUCAAUGACAUUGUGAACCACAAUAGAUCUAAUUGCAUCUACGACCUACAUUAUAUAAAGUUAAAUAUCCAAUUAAUUUGGUUUCAGCCAGGGGCGUCAUUUUUGGGGUGGUGUACCCUUACAUUUAUUUACCAAGUGUAAAUACCACUGUACACUGGUAUACACAAUUUACAAUAAAUACAUUGAAAGUACCUACACAUAGUUCGUUAAAAAUAGUAAUAUUGACUAUUGUGAUUUUUUCAUACUAAUAUAAGUAACAUAUUAAAUAAAUUAUACAAAUAUUCCACAUUUUUUUUCCCCUGUUGACGCCCCUGGGUUUAGGCCAUCAAAAAUCAAAUACGAAUUGCCGCGCAUAUUUUAGAUAACAGAUUUUUGCUUGAUAACAACAAAAUGAUAACAAUAUUAUGGUGCCGUAAUAGCAUAUAGUUAUAACCUAACCUAACCUGUUAUAGUUUUUGAUGGGUAUGAAAAAAGUUCACAGAACACAAAAAAUGUAGAACGCCUCCAGCGCUCCGUUAAAACAUGUUCUAUGGAAAUAAUAUUUAAUGAAACAAUGUAGUGUACAGUUAACCAAGAGUUAUUUUUAGCAAAUGAAAAAAAUAAAACAAGAUUAAUUCACAUGUUAUCGAGCAAAUUUGAAAAAUCUAAUAUAACUGUGAAUCAAGCCUUACACGAUGCAAAUACUUUGAUCGUAAAUACUGCCAUUGAUUUAUCAAUGACUAAUGACAUAGUUGUAAUAGUAGGUGAAGAUAUUGAGUUUACCAUCAAAUUCAAAUGUGGUUGGGAAAUGAAAAAUCACCAAUAUAAUGGGACUGGCAUGUAAAAAAUGAUUUAUUAUUGCCAAUACCCUUGUUCUGUGAACUUUUUUCAUACCCAUCAAAAACUAUAACAGACUUUUCUCCGUAAUUUUGUUUAACAUAUGAUAUGUAGGAAUCACAAAUAGCACCAAAAGUUCGAUUUGAUGGCCAUAUAACUCGAUGCAAUAGGUACCCACCAUCAACGACACAAAUAUAAUUUGUUAAUUCCAUGUUUAUAACAGGUUUGAACAUUUUAUACAUUAAUGAUUUUUGACCUUUUUCUCAUCCCUAAUUCAUUAAAAAUUGAAAGAGGAUAUGGUGCUAACUCAUAUUUUAAAUAUUCCUUUAGUUCUUCAUCACUUUUUUUAGUGACCGAAAUACGUUGAAAUAAUAAUAGUGGAUCAAUAGGAGUUACUUCUCCAUUAACUUUAAUUGAGGAAAAAUGUGGUUGGGAAAUGAAAAAUCACCAAUAGAAUGGGGCUGGCAUGUAAAAAAUGAUUUAUUAUUGCCAAUACUCUUAAAAGGUCCUUUGAUUCCCGAAAGCUUGUUAAAUUUAAUUUCGUGUAACUGCACAAAAGGUUGCACUGCUAGUUGUGGACGCCGAAAACAAGGAUUAAAAUGAUCAAUGAUCUGCGGAUACUGUAAAGGAAAUUCUUGCCUUAAUGCGAUGGAAGCCGCAUUGACGAAGAUGAUAUUGAAUCAAUACCAGAUGAAGAUAACAACACCUCAAACAAAGAAACAGAGGAUAAAAACACCGCUAAUCAGGUGCAUUUCAGUGAUGAUCAACCUACCACUAGUGAUCAAAAACGAAUAAAAUUUCAAUAAAAUGAAGAGAUUAUUAUAUUAUAAAUAAAGUUUUGUUUAAAUUAAUAGUUUGUUAAGCAGUAGCCAGAAUUGUAAGGCAUACCUAUAUUAACCAAUAUUAAUUUUUAUUAUUAUAUACCUACCUAUAUAUUAUAUAAUAGUUAUUUUAUUUUUAGAUAGCAAUUAUAAAUUAUGUACUCGUAACAUUAUCAUUCAAACUCAUGUCAUGAUAAUUACAAAACAAUAAACUGUUCAUUUGUAAUAGUAUAAUACAAAGUAAAAACUGUGUUAAUCACGAUUACGGACAUCAUAAGACAGAAAUUAUAUGAUAUUUCAUGUGCGAUUAUCAAGCUGUUGUACAUCAUGUUGAGUCGACAUUCUCGGUCUAACAAUUAAUGUAAGUUAUCAUUGAACUUGACGAGUCAGUCUCAUAAGGGUAACACGUCAUGUCAGGAGAAAAUUACAGUGCGUAGUAUUUUACCUAAAUUAAAUAACAUGAAUAAUUACGAUGAAAUCAUGGAGGAUGUCAAUAUAGUUUCACUAGAUCCUAAUUAUGUGAAUGAGUUGAAUUUUAUUGAUGAUUCUAAGGAAGAAUUAGGUAAUGAAGAUGUUACUGAACAUAGUUAUAUUGUAGGGACAUAUCAUGACUAUAAACAAAUUAAUAUCAUUCCAGAACAAAAAUUUAAUGAUAUUUGUAACAGCAAUGGAAAAGAAAAAAGAAGACUGUUUACAGAUCAAAACAAACUGACUAGAGAACAAACAAAAAUAAAACGAAUGCUUGGACAAAAUUACACAGGAUAUCACAGGGAAGGAAAAUCAGUAUUCCAUAAUACUAUUCGUGAAAAAAGAACAUUAAAACCGGCUUGUACUUCAAUAUACUGUGCUAGUUCAAAGAACCGACACUGCAAUCGAUUCAAAGAGAACGAAAGACAAUCAAUGUUUGAUGACUUUUGGAAAUGUAGUUGGGAUGAGAAGAAAACAUAUUGUACUAAUUUGGUGUCAAAACAUAUAAAAAAACAAGAAACAUUAGCCGCUGGAGAAGCCAGUAGAAGAAACUUCUCUUACAUAUAUCAUUUGAAAUCUGGAGAUAUGAAAUUUGUUGUGUGUAAAACAAUGUUUCAAAAUACAUUAGGUCUUAACGAGUGGAUGGUAAAAAAUUGGCUGGAUUCUUCUAAUCAGGUUGGCGAGCUUUCUAUAAAAAAAAAUAAAAUUACUGGUUCUGUUGAAAUGGCAGUUGAUGAGCAUAGUAUGAAACAAAAUGACAGAGCCCAGAAAGAGCCUACUAAACAUACACUUGAAGAACACCAAGAUGAAAUUUCUCCUCAAAGGUCCAUUUCAAUGAGACAUGACCACUUAAAUUCUUGGUUCGACAGUUUAGCAAAGAUGCCCAGCCACUAUUGUAGGCAGAAAACUAACAAGAUUUACCUUGAAGGCCCCUUUAUUUCUAAAAUUAAUGUAUACUCUGCUUAUUUACAAAAAUGUGUUGAAGAUUCUGUUGAAAAUCCAUUGAGUAGAAGUAUUUUUUCUAUAAUUAUGGAAAAAAGAAACUUAUCAAUAUUUCAACCAAGAAAAUAUAUGAUAUACCAAGAUAUAUGUGACAAAUGUUCUAGUUAUGGAGUAAACCAGGUAAGUGAUGAUGAUUAUCAAGAGCAUAUGAAACAAAAAGACAGAGCCCAAGAAGAGCUUACUAAAGAUACACUUGAUGCCCAAGAAUAUAAAAAAAAUGUAUUCACCAUGAACUUGCAGGUAGUAAAACUAUGUCCAGUAUUAAACUCUAGUGCACUUUAUUAUAGCUCGAAAUUGAAAGUUCAUAAUUUUACUGUGUAUAAUUUAGCACCAGAACAUCAGUGUUCAAGCUAUUGGUUGGACGAAUCAGAGGGAAUGUUAGAAUCAUCUGUUUUUACAUCCCUUAUUAUUAAACAUCUAACACUAAAUUGCAUUAAAGAGUCGACAACCCAAAAUAAUAAUGACAUCAUACUUUAUUCUAAUGGAUGUGGGUACCAGAAUCGUAAUGUUGUCUUAUCAAACGCUUUACUCAAGUUUGCAAUUCAAAAUAAUAUUGUUAUCGAACAAAAAUUUUUAGUUGAAGGACAUACACAACUGCCUUGCGACAGUGUCCAUAGUGCUAUAGAAAGUGUUUUGAAAAAUAAAGAAAUUUAUUUACCUUCAGAUUAUGUAAAACUAACCAAAAUUGCACGCCAAAAACCAAAUCCUUAUGACUCAACUUUGAUGACACAUUCAGAUUUUCAAGACUAUAAAGACAUUGUGUUUUAUAAGUCUAUAAGACCAGGAAAAUCCAAAGGAGAUCCUGAAGUACGAGAUAUAAGAGCAAUAAAAUAUGACCCAACUACUCAAAAAAUAUAUUUUAAGUUAAAUUUUGAUGACCAGUAUCAAGAGAUUCCAAAGUAUCAUAAAGCUAAAAAAAAAGUUGAUAUCAAUAAAGAAGUAACAAGUUUAUACCAGAAUAGAAUGGUACUUUCAUUUUCAAAAUGGAGUGAUUUGCAGAAACUUAAAAUAGUUUUGCCUAGAGAUGUUCAUGAUUUCUAUGAUAAUUUACCACAUAAACAUGAGUUAAAGACAAAUCGUAAAUUUUCUAAAGAUUGACAACAACUUUCAUUUAUUUUGGCUGUAUUUAAUGUUAUAUUAUUUAUAAAAUGAUUCAUGAAUAAAGUUGAGUUUAUUUUGUAAUCAUAA